AUGCUACCACGACGUUCCUUCGUAAUAUUCAGGUCUUUUCUGACCAGAAAUUAUGCAUCUGGGCCCUCGCCUCAUGCUCUCGUAUUUCUUGAGCACCGUCAAGGAGACAUUGACUCUGGAUCUCUUUCUGCAUUAACUGCUGCCUCACAGUUGGGAGGCAAAGUCGCUGGUCUCGUUGUUGGAAGCUCUGAAUUCGUCCCGGCCGUCGUGGACAAGGUCAAAAAGCUCAAAGGCUUGACUUCGCUAUUGCACUCCACUUCAGAUCUAUAUGCCGAGCAACUUCCCGAAACCCUUUCACCAUUACUCGAGAAACUUCUUUCUGAUUCCGAGUAUACACACGUUGUUUCUACUCCAAGCUCGCUCGCCAAAUCUCUUUUGCCUCGAGUCGCCGCGAAGCUAGAUGUGCCUUUAGUCUCGGAGAUCACGUCUCUUGAGCAUGACUCUUCAUCCAAUAGCACCACUUUCACGCGUCCUAUCUAUGCCGGAAACGCUAUUUCCACCGUCCGCCUGCCUUCCUCGGUUCCCAUCAAGUUUUUCACUGUUCGUGCUACUAACUUCGACCCUGCACCUUUCGAAGAGAGCCAGGAAAUUGAGGUGAAGGCAAUUGACCCCGUGGACGUUCCGAAUUGUCCUACGAAACAUAUUAGCACACAGCUUGCCAAAUCUGAUCGCCCCGAUCUCAGUGUAGCGGGCAGAGUCGUUUCCGGCGGUCGUCCAUUAAAGAACGCAGAGACUUUCGCAGCGACACUCAACCCCCUAGCUGACGUCCUAGGAGCCGCGCUUGGUGCAUCCAGAGCUGCAGUCGAUGCUGGGUACGUAGACAACUCCCUUCAAGUUGGUCAGACUGGGAAGGUCGUAGCACCGGAGCUGUACAUGGCCAUUGGUAUUUCCGGUGCCAUCCAGCACUUAGCUGGGAUGAAGGACUCCAAAAUGAUUGUUGCUGUGAACAAAGACCCUGAUGCCCCCAUCUUCCAAGUUGCUGAUGUGGGUCUUGUAGCAGAUCUUUACGAGGCAGUUCCCCAGAUUAUCGAAAAAUUAAAGCAAUAA